AUGAAGACGACACGCUGCCUCUUCUGCCGGGUCGGCUCUGCGGCAACCCCCAAAUCACAACCCUCGUCCCGCGCCUUCAGCACCACACCCGCGACGCAAGCAAAAGGCAAACCCGCAUACCCAAAUGUCAGAGCCGUCGACCUCGGUCUCGUCCAACAGCGCGUCGAUGCAGCCGCCCGCACAUUCAAACCCUAUACACCGCGAGAAAAGCAACUGCUGGCCCUGAAAUACACCCCCGCCCAGGUCCGCGCCAUCGAAGCCGCCGAAGCAAGCAUCGACCCCAAAGAUGUAGUCAGACAAGGCAAGAUCCGCCGCGACACCUUUGCUUUGACCUACAUCGACGACCUCGCAAAGAUCCAACCUCUGGUGGAUAAGCCAGUGCGCGCCCCCACCGACGACAUUGAUCCAGGCAUCCGCAUGCGCACCGAAGACGAACAAGACAGCUUGGCACCAGAGAUGCCCAAGAUCAAGAGUUUGGGCAUGAAGUUCGAGUCUGAAGACGAUGACCCCCAUCUCCAGCGCUUGAUGCAGCAGACAGGUCUCACCAAGGAGGCAAUCAGAAGGAUCAGAUGCAAGACUUUGGUCAACCAUCGUGUAGUCAACCAGACUCGCAUGGGAAAGAUCCAAUCCAUGUACUACCUCACCAUUGCCGGAAACGAAAACGGCAUGUUGGGCAUUGGUGAGGGCAAGGCGGGUGAAGACGAAGACGCCAUUCGUCAGGCUCAGUACGCUGCCAUCAGAAACAUGAAGCCCAUCCCGCGUUACGAGAACCGCACCAUCUUUGGUGAGGUCGAGGCCAAGGUCGGCGCUUCUGUUGUUCAGCUCUCCUCCCGUCCACCAGGCUUCGGUAACAGAUGCCAACAUCUCAUCUACGAAAUGGCUCGUGCAGCGGGUAUCUCAGACCUGAGCGCCCGCUGCCCUCGCAGUCGCAACCCCAUGAACAUUGUCAAGGCCACCUACGAAGCCCUCAUGAAGCAACGCCUACCCGAAGACGUCGCUCGUGCCCGUGGUCGCAAGCUGGUCGAUGUGAGAAAGGUUUACUACCAAGGUCUGACCUCAUAA